AACACCAAGUGCAAGAUAUAUAUGCUACUACACAGAGAAGACUCCACGUUUAGGAUAUAACACCAAGUGCAAGAUAUAUAUGCUACUACACAGAGAAGACUCCACGUUUCGGAUAUAACACCAAGUGCAAGAUAUAUAUGCUACUACACAGAGAAGACUCCACGUUUAGGAUAUAACACCAAGUGCAAGAUAUUUAUGCUACUGCACGGUGAAGUCUCCACGUUUCAGAUAUAACACCAAGUGCAAGAUAUAUAUGCUACUACACAGAGAGGACUCCACGUUUAGGACAUAAUACUAAGUGCAAGAUAAUCCAUAUAUUGAACACAGCCAGUGGAUAUAUAAUGUUCAUUCGUAGACAAUGCAACGUCACGAAUGAUAAGAUUUAUACAUGAAAUCACAUGGCGUAAGUCUUGGCUUAUUGUCACCCAACGGAAUGAUUACCUCUGGAAGGUCAUCAAUACUUCAUACAUCGUUCAGAAAAUGAAAUUUUAUCGAUAGGCCUUGAAUUAUACAUGUGCAGUGUCAAUACAGCUUCAUUUUGUUGUCUCAGGUCAUAGACGUAUGAUACUAUUUAUUGUACAACAUCGAGUGUAUUGGGAAAGGCAAGGAGAAAGGGGCACUGGAGUCUUAAGGCAGUUUUGGACAUUCUUUGAUGACCCUGGUCAGAUCGAUGCAGGAAUUUCACAGAUGUGAUACUUGAAAAUCUUUUCAAAGGAAAAAGAGGUGUUCUGUUGGAAAAUCGAGAGUUUCAAGCGGACCAGUUUCAAUGUAGUCAGUGGAAGUUCCACUGACUCAACUCUGUAGAUUUUUUUUUGAGUCAAUAUGAUUUCAGUCAGUCAUAGAGUUGCCUUAUGAAGAGAUUGAAAUAAUUGAUUAUUUGGUGAGGUGUACUAUAUGUCUGGUGUACUGGAAGACUUGUAUACCUAAGCUGUAUAUCAGGUUAAUCUGUGUCAAGGUUCGUGUGAUAACACAGGUAUUCAGAAAGGUGAACUGACAUUUGACGAUCAGAGAUUUGUGUUUACUGACAACAACGCCACAUAUGCAAUAGAUGCACGUGGAUGAAAAUAUUGCUCAUUCCGAGGAUGACUUCGCCAUUCAGAGGAUCAUGCCGAAUGUUUAUAUUGACGGAAAACUCUUGGAGUUUCUUUUAAUUUAAAUACCAUUGUGAACAAAAUAAUUUAAUCUUGGCAUCGACUGACACGAAGUUGUCAUAUGUGACAGGGAGUUCUGGUUUAGCAACACAAAGUAACACAUACGGGUGGAUUUAGUGUCAUGAAUUACACAGGGUAACCGUGGUAUCGGUGUGUUCACCUCCUGUCGAAUAUUCACCCAUUGUAACGAGACUGAAGUCUUGUUUUAUAUAGCUCAAUUGCUACUGGAAUCACCGGCGAGCGAAGAGACGUUGUUGAGACGUUGCUGCAGGUGCGUCCUGACUGGGACAAUUACUCUGGUGAAUCCCUCUAGGUAGCUAGGACUACUGUACUAGGGAAGGAAUCUCACAAUGGAUAUGUCGGCAAUAGAUUCCUUCGAGUCUGACUCGGAUACUUCAACUGCAGAGGGCAGCAGUGACGACAGCGCCAUGCCGACGCCAGGGGAAGGGGGGACAACCCCUAGAGGACGGGGAAGGGGACGCACCGGAAGCAAGUCCAUGACCCAGUCUGGCUCCAACACAUCUCUGGAUGGAAUGGACAUGAUUGGGAGAAGAGGGCGUCUCCACUCUGCUCUGGGACCACGUUCAGCGCGGAGAAGACGUGGCGAGGAGGAAGAUAAGGGCCCUGAGACGGUGGACCCGGAAGAGAAGCUUGCCCUGCUGUUGACAGAAGCCCUGGCUGACCACAGCCGACAGAGACUGAGGGCAACACACAUGAGCCUCCGGCGAUAUGGAUCUGUGGAGAACCGAGUCUCCCCGAAGGACCUCCAACAAGCGUUCACGGAGAACCAGAUCAAGUUCUCCCAGCGCCUGCUGCAGAUGAUGACGGAAAUCUAUGAGGACCAUGGCGGCGUGGACUACGAGCGGUUGUACAAGAGCGUCAUGACGGCUCAUCUGAAGACAGGUCGGGACAGUGUGAAGGCCCGCCAGAUGCGCAACGACCUCACCUCCAAGCAGGAGAUGUCCAAGGAGCAGCGGGACUUCGACUUCCUGUGUCGCCUGGAGGACCAGCUGAUCCAGGACAGGACGUUCUUCGACAUCGAGGUCCUCAGGAAGGACUUCCAGAACAAGGACACAAGCAGGACGGGGAAGAUAGCCAGGGAAACGGUGUUCCUGGUCUGUGAUAUGCGGACGCCACUAUAUGGAGCUCUGUUGAAGAACCUGCUGAAGAGAUGCGACGAGGAUCACGACGACAUGAUUAGCUGGCCAGAGUUUCUCAGCUUCCUGGAAAAGUCUCAGCAGAUGGCAUGGCGGAGAUGCCCGGAACUUGCCGAGUUACCAGAGAAGGCGAAACAGGCUGCCUUCAGCAUUGCAUCCAACCCCAUCGAGGAACUGUCCAGUGGCGCCAAGACAAGAGUUGUCUCCCGUCUUCUAAAGAAGGCAUCAUUACAAAAAGAGAAAUCCACAUUGUCGACAUUAAGUCGAGAGAAGUCCGUAGACGAAAGUGUUCCUCAACCAACGACAACCAAUGAACAGCCAAGCUCAUCCCAACCAGCCAAUCAACCCUCGCCAAACACUGAACCAGCCAAUCAGGAGCCAGAGCCAGAUCCGGGCAAGGCAGUACCUAAUAGUAAAGAGCCGGAGACCAAGGACACUUCCGUCAAACAAACGAAAAAGUCUCCGGACGACGCUCCCGCGGCGCCACCAAUGAUUGAAGUGGACAAGCCGUCAGACGAGGGCAGUGGUACUCCCGCCAAACAAAGCAUACAAGGAUCAACGCAAGGAGCAGUUACACCGGAACCGGAACCUCCACCGGAACCGGAUAUAGAUGAUAGCAACACACACGCAAUGACCUUGGAGGUUCACGGCAAGAAGGUUAAGGUCGUUCAGCCAGAGGCAUACAAAGACAGUUCUCUACCUAUAGAUCCACCACAAGAGAGACUGCAACUAGACUGGGUGUAUGGUUACCGUGGCAACGACUGUCGAUGUAACAUCUACAUCCUGGACAACGACGAAAUAAUCUACUUCAUAUCCAACAUCGCCGUCAUGUACAACCGUGACGCCCACACACAGCGCCACUACAAGGAGCACACGGAGGACAUCAAGUGCAUGGCUGUCCAUUCCAACGGCAACGUAGUAGCCACCGGACAGUUUGCCGGGAAGAAAGGUGACAAGUCGCAGGCUCACAUCCGGGUAUGGCGUGCAGACACUCUAGGAACAGUCCAUGUCCUUGGUCUCGGAUCCUUCCUCAAGGCCGUCAUGGCCCUUUCCUUCCAGAAGGACUCGGAUCUGCUUGCGGCGGUGGACAACAGUCAGGAGAAGACGCUGUCAUUGUGGAACGUGGCAGACGGCACCCACGUGGCCAGCACCGUGCUUCACGUGGACGUCAUCUGCGACAUCGGCUUCAACCCUCAUCACACCGACUUGUUGGUGUCUAUUGGCAAGGAACAUCUCGCCUGGUGGAAGGUCUAUCCCCAGAGUAAUAAAAUAACCACACACGCCAAACCGGAGUACGACAAUUACCUCCGGGCCAAGUUCGUCAUAUGCCUGACCCACACAGACAAAGGAGACCUAGUCACCGGCGACUCCAACGGCACCAUCUACGUCUGGGGGGACGGCGGCAACAAGAUCACCAACUUCGUCAAACAUGGACAUGAUGGCCCUGUGUUCGCAGUGCUGUAUCACCGCCACCACCUGAUGUCAGGAGGGAGAGACGGGGUCAUGAACAGCUGGCAGUGGACCAAGAACAUGGACAAUGCCGGGAAAAUCGAGAUCUCCAAGUCGGAGGGCGGGGUCAGGAUGAUUCAACUUCACAAGGAGACGCUUCUCAUAGGAACUACCAUGAAUUCCUUGUUGUCCGUGGUCAUGGCAGACAAAGGGUCCCCGCUAGUUGGCGCUACACUUGACAUGUUGCCCCUUACACAGGGACAUUUUGACGAACUGCGAGGACUCACGACGAUGCCGGAGUCGUUUAUCGGAGCAGAUUUCCUCACAGCGGGGGUGGACGGCAUCAUCUGCAAGUUCAACACCGAGAUCCAUCAACCGGUGUGGAAGAUAGUGAUGAAGGGGGCAACCUUCCUAUGUGCAGACUGCAGCAUUGACGGCAAACUCAUCGUCCUAGGAACCCACGACGGCCACCUUGUGAUACUGGGACUGGACUCGGAGGACCUGUCCGUCACGGAAGUCUGCAACAAGAAGAUCUCAAAGGACAGACUGGACUCCGUCAGACUAGCUCCAGACUGUGUGUCCCUGGCGGCUGGGGGUCACGACAGGGCGGUGUAUAUCUACUCGUUACAGGAUAAGGAAGAGGGAGAGAAGUCCUGGGAAAUGCUGGGCAAGUGUAAGGGUCACCGUGGGCCGGUCACCGCCAUCGACUGGUCAAGGGAGAAGGUCAAAAACACGCACCUGCUCAGGUCAAGCUCGGGGAUACCAGAGCAGUUCUUCUGGAAUCCCACGACGUGUGAGAGGGAGGAAGGAAAGAACGCCGUGUCUCUGUCAUGGUGCACCAGCAACUGCACCCUCGACUACUCCGUCGCUGGUAUUUGGUCAUCCAAGCAGGCAAAGGAGGCGACAGUUAACACUGUGGCAGUCAACCCCAGCAAGACCGUGAUAGCCAUGGGAGACAACAACGGCUGCCUCAGCCUCUUCAGAUACCCAUGUCCCAAAGAUGGUGCGUUCAGCCACACCUACAAGUGCCACCUGAACGUCCAGACCGUGAGGUUCUCCCCCAGCGGCAACUACAUCCUCACCAUCGGCGGGCGCGACUCCUGCAUCAUGCAGUGGAAGAUCGUGUAGCACAAACUACAGAGACUGUCUCAAACACAAUUAUCGAAACAUAUCAAUCUAUAACAAUAGACGAAGGUCCUAUUGACCUUGAAACACACUUAUAUCUGAAAGGAUCUUAUAUCUUAGAAUUAGCCAAUGGUCCUAUGUAGAGUUGUAUGCUCCUGUCUUGAAACAUAAUUACCCAAUAUCUAUCUUAAAAUUAGCUUAUGAUCCAAAAUAGAGUUGUAUGUUUCUCUAUCUUGAAACUCAAUUACCAACUAUCUUCUCCUAUGAAAUUAGCUCCUAGUCGUUUGUGCCCCCUCUUUCUUAAGGCACACUUGUCAAACAUUUAUUCGGAAGUAGCUGAUGGUUUUCUAUGGAGUUUAUGUCCCUCUUUCUUGAAACACAUCAAGUGUCAUCCAUCUGAAAAUUAGCCCAUGUUCUUAUAUAAUGUUGUCUGCCUACUCUGUCUUAAAACUCACACAACGUACUCUGUUGUCAAGGGUAAACAAUGAUUCACGUUGAUAAUUUGUCCUGGAAACAAAGUGCAGUGUGUUUUACGCGCAAAAUUGUGAUUGACAAGACAACUUAUUAUUAGAGAACUUAAACUUCCUCUCAUGAAGCAUACAUUCUCAACUGCAAUAUACAUGUACUUCAUUGGAUACAAUAAUUAUAAGUUUUCCUGGCCAAAAUAUUGUUAGGGGAACAGAACUUGUAAAAUGACAAUUGCUCUGAUGUGUGACACAGGUAAUUAUAAAGGUAAUGAUGCAGAU